AUGGGUAUAUUCAGCAACCGCCUCCUGCUGAAACAUCACGACAUCCAAACCCCACCAGGCAAAGUACACGAUGCGUCUUCGCCUGAUUUUGAGAUCACAUUAGCUGACGAUCAAUAUUCAGAUCCAUCUCAUCCCAUAAUUAAACCGGUACCUCAGCCAGCGAUCGAUGAGCCAACGCAACAGGCUGCUCUCACCCAUUGGCUGUCGGAUCACUGUCAUUCGGAUGCUCUGCUGAGCCUACGAGGUUUCGCUUUGGAGUCUACUCCGAAACAGCGCAAGAAGAAGGGUGAAACCAAGACUGUUCCAUUUGAUCAAUUCCAUGCAACACCUGAUGCAAUACCUGGCUACGGGAUGAGAAAAGCCGUCGCUCUUGAUUGUGAGAUGGUCGAAUUAAAGGCAGGUCGCAUCGUGGUCGCUUUUCUGACCGCUAUCGACUUUUUCACCGGCGAGAUUCUCAUCAACCACCAUGUACAACCUACGGAGAGAGUUGUCCGGUGGAAUACCAGAAAGAGCGGUGUGACCCCACAGAGCAUGCGGAACGCCGUUAACAGGGGCGAGGCGCUGUUCGGUUGGCAGAACGCUCGUCGGAGAUUAUGGGAUUUCGUCGAUAGUCAAACGAUUCUCAUUGGACACUCUCUCAACAAUGAUCUCAAUGUGCUUGGUAUCUUUCAUCGUCACAUUGUGGAUUCUUCCAUCGUCACGGGCCAGGCUGUGUUUCAAGAUAGGAACCUGAGGCGCACUUGGGCACUGAAGACUCUGGCCAAAGAGCUGCUGGAAUACGAUAUCCAGGCAAGCAAGGCAGGUCAUAGUGCUCUGGAGGAUACCCAGGCAACAAGGGAUAUUCUCAUUUGGUGUUUCCGAUAUCCGGAGCGGCUGAAAACAUGGGCGGAUGAUAAUCGGAUCAAGGAAGAAGAGCGUUUCGCAGAGGAGCAGCGCAAAGCUGAGAUUCGGCGCAAGGAAAGGGAAGAGGCGAGGAAGAAGAAGGAGGUGAAAGAAGCAGCUCUGCAGAAGGAAGAUGUCGGUCUUGUUUCUGCACAUCCACCGGGGCAACAACCCGGCCCUGGGCUUCAAAACAACCCUAGUCUCGGCUCAAGUCCUUCCCAUACGGACCUUGAAAAUGGUCGGAAUCAACGACGACGGGGCAGAAAAGACCACACUAUGAUAUUCGCGUCUGCAAUCAGUGUUAGGGGGCCAUCCUCUUUCCUAUGA